UUGACCUACAUUUAUUUUCCUCAAGUAAUUAAAAAGCCCUAACUUUCUUCCCAAGUCAACUCCAAAAUGCAGCCGCAAACGGACGUUUUUAACCUUCAUAACUACCUAAACUCCUCCAUACCAUCUCCCUAUCCUUCAAGUGUCCCGAUAUCUACGCCAUUUCCAUCCAACUGUCAAAACUCGAACCCCCUCUAUGGAUUCCAAAGCUCUACAAACAAUCCACAAUCCAUGAGCUUAAGCAGCAACAACUCGACCUCAGACGAAGCAGAAGAGCACCAGACAAACAACAACAUAAUCAACGAGCGUAAGCAGAGAAGGAUGAUAUCAAACAGAGAAUCCGCAAGGAGAUCGCGUAUGAGGAAGCAGAGACACCUUGACGAGCUUUGGUCACAAGUGAUGUGGUUGAGGAUCGAGAAUCAUCAGUUGCUUGAUAAGCUUAACAAUCUCUCCGAGUCUCACGACAAGGUUCUUCAAGAGAAUGCUCAGCUUAAAGAGGAAACAUCUGAGCUUAAGGAAGUGAUUAGUAAUAUGCAAAUUCAAAGCCCUUUCUCUUGCUUCAGGGACGAUAUAAUCCCCAUUGAAUAGAGCAUUUUCAAACGAUUCAGUUAUGGAUUGUUUGAGUCGGUCUAGUAUGUAUCUUUGUAUGUGUAUAUCCGGAGUUCUGUUGCAAGGGUUUUGAUUAUACGGCCCUUAACGACGACGUUUUUAGAAUGCAGUAAAUUCAUAAACAAAAGAAGAUUAGUGUUAAUGAAGAACAAAUAUAAGUGGUGUUGGUCAUAUCAUGCAUGAGUCAUGUUGGUGAUGGGGACAGAGUAAG